AUGUACCUGAGCAAAGUAACACCCGCCGACUGGAAAUACGAACAGACCGAGCCGCUGGCGUCUGGCCACCUCGAUGUACAGUCUGAGGGCCAUCAGAUCUACUGGGCUGAGUAUGGCAAUCCCAAUGGCGAGCCUGUGAUGUGCGUGCACGGAGGACCUGGCGGAGGCAGCGAUGCAUUUGUGGCGCGCUUUUUUGCCCCACAGCGCUACCGUGUCCUGGUAUUUGACCAACGUGGCUGCGGAAAAAGUCGACCUUCUGCCUCGGACAAUGAUGCAGGUCCGGCCCUGCGCGCCAAUACGACGGCGGACCUGAUCCAAGAUAUGAAUAAGCUGCGCGCCCACAGAGGCAUCACCGGCAAGAUGCAUCUUUUUGGCGGAAGCUGGGGCAGCACACUCUCUCUAGCUUACGCGAUUGCGCACCCGGAACAUGUGUCUCGCUUGAUUUUGCGUGGCAUCUUUUUAUGUCGCAAGAAAGACUUGGACUUCUUCUACCAGGGCAAUGCUGCCGUGUACGAGCACGAUCCGAUGGAUACGUCGCUGCCAGGUAGCUACCAGCUCUAUCCGGAGGCAUGGGAUGAGUACGUGCGUGUGAUUCCACCUGAGAAGCGACACGACAUGAUCCGCGCAUACGAUGCCAUCUUUUCGCGCGAGCCUCGUGACGAUGCCGAUCUACAAUACCAGAUUCGUGCUGCACAGGCCUGGGCGGGAUGGGAAGGCCGCACCAGCUACCUGUCGCUCGAUGCCUCGAAGCCGAACCACUACGAAGAAGUCCGGUUUGCGAAGGCCUUUGCGCGUAUUGAGAACCACUACUUUAUCAAUGGCUCGUUCCUGGGCGGGGCUGGCGAAUCAAACCGUAACCAAAACUACAUCCUCGCCCAUGUGCAGCGCCUCAAGGGAAUUCCCAUCCAUAUUGUGCACGGACGCUAUGAUAUGGUGUGCCCCAUGUUCCAGGCGGAAGAGCUUAUUGCGGCCCUUCGCGAUGUGGGUCACACUGAUGUGGACUAUCGACGCACGCCGGCUGGCCAUAGCAUGCUGGAGCGGGAGAACUGCCAGGCGCUGACAGACAUCCUGGAUCAUCUUCCGUCGCCCGGUACUGCAUAG